AAAAUGUCAACCGUAAAUCCAAUUCUAGUAUUUGGAUUGAGAGAAGAAUUUAGUGAAAGAAAAAAAGAAAAAGAUUCGAUAAUCAAUAGGCAUAUGGCUAUUGAAUCAUCCAUUCAAACCCGAUUCCUAAAUCGGACAAAUUCUUCAAUGACAGAACAAAAAAUGAAAGAUUUAGCUAAUAGAACAAGGAUAAUCAAAAAUCAAAUAGAAAAAAUUUCAAAAGACAAUAUCAAAAAAAAUAUUAGUCCUAACCAAACACGUUAUGGUACUACGAAAUUCAAAUCGCCAAAAAGUAUUGGUCAAAUAUUAAAAAGAAGAAAUGCUCGAUUAAUCCGUAAAUCAAAUUAUAUUUUGAAAUUUUUUAGAGAAAGGAUAUACGUAGAUAUAUUUCUAUAUAUCAUUAAUAUUCCUAGAAUUAAUACACAACUUUUUCUUGAAUCAACAAAAAUUUGGAUUGAUAAAUCCAUUUACAAUAAUGAAAAAAAUCCUGAAAGGAUUAAUAAACAAAAUAAAAAUAUAAUUUCGACUAUAAAAAACCAAAUUUUGCCUUUUCUUAGUAAUAGUAAUCUUACUAAGAAUUCGAAAAUUAUUUCUGAUUUUUCUUUUUUGUCACAAGCCUAUGUAUUUUAUAAAUUAUCCCAAGCAAAAAUUCUUAACUUAUCUAAGUUAAGAUCUGUCCUUCAGUAUCGUGGAAUAUCUUUAUUUCUUAAAAAUGAAAUAAAAGAUUAUUUUGGAACCCAAGGAAUAGCUCAUUCCAAGCUAAAGACUAAAAAACUUACGAAUUCUGAAAUGAACCAAUGGAAAAACUGGUUAAAAUUGAAAAAUAAUUAUCAAUACGAUUUACCUCAGAUAAAAUGGUCUCGAUUAGUACCACAAAAAUGGCGAAAUAGAGUAACUGAACAUUGUGAGGUUGAAAAUAGCAAUUUUCAAAAAAACAAAAGCAAUUCAGAUCAAAAAGAACAAUUAAUUAAUUCCAAAAAUACAAAUAAUUCUGAAAACGAUUUAUUGGUCUUGCCAGAUAAAAAAGAUAAUUUAAAAAAAAACUAUAGAUAUGAUGUUUUAUCAUAUAAUUUUUUUUAUUAUGAAGAUAAGAACGAUGAAUUCUCUUAUGCUUAUAAUUACAACAUAAAUAAAGACGAAUUAAUUGACAUGUGGUGUAAUAUUUCUAUCACUAAAAAUUUAGGAAUAAAGAAUAUUAAGGAUAUAGAGAAAAAUACAGAUAGAAAAUAUUUUGAUUUGAAAAUGCUCCAUUUUUGUCUUAGAAAAAAAGUCGACAUUGAGGCCUGGGUCGAUAUCAGUACUAGCAUGAAUGAGAAUACUAAAACUAAAUCUAAGAAUUCUAAAAUUCUUGAUCAAAUUGAUAAUAAAAGUGUUUUUUAUAGUACAAUUUAUCAAGAAAUCGGGGGAUCCGAUCAAAAAAAAAACCUUUUUGAUUGGAUGGGAAUGAACGAAGAAAUACUAAGUCAUCUCAUACCAAAUCUGGAAUCUUGGUUUUUCUCCGAAUUUUUUUUAUUUUAUAAUGCAUAUAAACUGAAACCUUGGAUUAUACCAAUUAAUCUUCUUUUUUCAAAUUAUAAUGUAAGUGAAAAUUUUAAUGAAAAUAAAAAUAUCAACAGAAAG